UUCCCGUUUCCGCCUGGCCGGCGGCGCGGCGGGACGAGUGCCAGCAGAGGCGCGCAGUCCUCCCUCCGCCCGCCCGCGCCGGGGGCUGGCCCUGCCUCGCCGGCGCCUUUUUCCCCCGCACCGCGGCGCCGCUUCGACACUCGGGCACCUCAGGUAGGGCAGGAGGCUGGAGCGCCUGCCGCCCGCCGCCCGUAAAAUGGUUACCUCAGCUGGACAGCUCGCCCUCUUCGUGCUGGGUCUUUUGUUGGCUGUGUGCCAGGCCCUGGAGAACAGUACGUCCGCUCUGAGUGCAGACCCGCCCGUGGCCGCAGCUGUGGUGUCCCAUUUUAAUGACUGCCCAGCUUCCCACAGUCAGUUCUGCUUCCAUGGAACCUGCAGGUUUUUGGUGCAGGAGGACAAGCCAGCAUGUGUCUGCCACUCUGGGUACGUCGGUGCACGCUGUGAACAUGCAGACCUCCUGGCCGUGGUGGCCGCCAGCCAGAAGAAGCAGGCCAUUACUGCCUUGGUGGUGGUCUCCAUCGUGGCCCUGACUGUCCUCAUCAUCACGUGUGUGCUGAUACACUGCUGCCAGGUCCGAAAACACUGUGAAUGGUGCCGGGCCCUCAUCUGCCGGCACGAGAAGCCCAGUGCCCUCCUGAAGGGAAGGACUGCUUGCUGCCACUCAGAAACAGUGGUCUGAAGAGCCCAGAGGAGGAGUUCUGCCAAAUGGCCUGCGGCAGCCUGAGAAAGAAAGGACUUCUUGAGGAUGGCACGGCGAGGGCUGCCUGGGACGGGCCAGCAGACCUUUCCUACUCUGCCUGCCCUCGCCUGUGUGGGCUCUUUGUCUUUUGUGGGCCUUCAUUCAAAACUCUGUCCACAACUCUGUCUGCUUGGGGUUAUCCAGUGUGACCUGGAGAAGAAAUAAGUGGACCACAGUCUAAAGACUGGUCAGAAAUGAACAGCAUGGGCUGGACCUCCUGUUUACCUAAUGAGGUGUGUGCGUUGGCAUCUGCGUCCAGGUGUGUGUAGGUGUGUUCUGCCCGUCACGGAUGCCAGGCUGUGCUUUUUUUAAUGGGCCCAUCUCCCCACAACAGUCUCCACCCUGCCUGACACUGGAGAUUCCUAUAGUUGUUACGGUUUUUUUUCCUACCGCUUAUGGGGGAAGAAGGUGGAAAAAGGCAUAACUGCUUUUUGCUACGCGAAGACACCAGUGUAAGAGGAGCCGUGUCUGUCCUCUGUCCACAAAACCCUCAACCAGCCCGAUAUCUUCCACAGACACAUGAUGUUGAAGACCUUCCCGAGCUGUUGCCACCCUCAGAGAUAACUUCUUAUUUAUUAGGUGGAUGAUGGUGUUAUUUUUAAUCCCUUUAGUCAAUGUAAAAAGUGCAAAACCCUUUCAGACGUCUGCAUUAAUGAUGUAUGUAUUGCUGGCCAAAAAGUUAGACUGAUUAGAAAUGUCUGGUCUCUUUGGAACAGCUAAAGCUUGGGAAAAAACCACCAGGAUAGGUGGAGAUGGAAGCAGAGGAUGAGUUGCUGAUGGGAGCAAAGAUUGGGGUUCAGAGGUCAUGCCAUUUAAUACACAAAACUAGUAAAUGCCCCAGGAUACAUUCCUGCUGAAAAGUUAGCAAAUCUAGCAGUGGAGAUCUGGCAUCUUGUCAAGGAAGAGGAAGAAUGCCUGUGUGUGCCUCUACAUGGUGGGGGGAAACAGACUACCCCGCUCUGUUGUUAAACAUACUAACUGUCCAGUGGGCCCUCUGAGAAUCUGUUUAGAAAUAGAGCACUAGCGGAGGGCCGCGGGCAUUUGGGGCUGCGUCCAUGAAGGGGGACCAGUCACUUAUUUUCCAUGUUGCUACUCAGUUGAUUUGUUGUUUUAUUUUGAAAGGGAGAAAUUGAACUUUCCUAUUUAUUUUUAAGCAUUAGGAGAAAUAGUCCAGUGACUUUUUUUUUCUUUUCCAUCCAGGAUGCCAUUUGUUUUUUUUUU